CCACACCUGUGUAAAAACUGGAUCAAGACAUUCCCACAGCAAUUCAAUAAUACGGAGCCAUUAAAAACCGAUACGAUUCGAUUUAUGGCUAUAUAAAUUCAAAUGAUGUUUAGGACUGUGCACAAUUCUAUAGGCGCAUAUUACGGUGAAACAGUGUCUGUGCUAGAAUUAUGUAUCGGAUACUUGUUCUCUCAUUGUGCGUUACUGUCUGCUUUACGGCAUCUUUUAAAGGAAGAACUCUGCAUCAACCGGGAGAUGCUAUAAAUGUGAUAGUAACCGGUGCAAGCCUCUUUCAAGAUGGAGGGAGAGGAAAGAGGGAAGUGGGCAAAAUGCCAUUAAAAAUGGAUGUGGAAAUCUCCUCGAAGUAUGCAGUCUCCAAGUUUCGUCUCAAACGUAGUCCAUUGGUAGAUGCUUACGUUCUCGACAACGGACAAAAGACCCAAGUGAACUCGAUAUUGGACACCCAGGCUGUGUAUGAAGACCGAGAGAAAAGAGCUGCGUUUAUUAUUAGACGUUCGACAGCAAACGAUUAUCAUUUGGAGGGAAGUCUUAAUCAUGGUGGACAAAUGAUUAAUAUGGCGCCAGCUAGUCGUACUAAACGACACACUUCUGGUGAAAAUAUGCAUGAAGUUAUCUCCUCCGAUGCGUUUGAUAUUAACACCGAUUUCGUUCAUAGAGAGUUAAAAGACAGAGUAAAGAGGGGUGUUACAUUUUCAACUCAUUAUAUCGAAAUAACCUUCAUUGCUGACUGUGCGAUCUAUGCCAAGUAUUUAGCUGAAUAUGAAACAGAGGUGGCGGCUACACAAGCUAUGAUCCUUCAUUACACCUUUACAAGAACACAGAUACAAUGCAGAUUUGAGUCUCUCAAAGCCAGGACCUUGUACUUCCGAAUAAAUAUAGUUGUUACUGAGUUGAUCAUUAUUAUGGAUCGCACACAUUGUACCUUUACAGAGACGAUUAAAACUACUAAAGGCCAGGUUGAUGCGGACACAUCUUUAACUAAAUGUUCUGAUUGGCUUGGAUAUCCAGUCGGUAAUUAUACCUUCAGACCUACCGAUCACUAUAUGUUCUUCACUGGGUACGACUUGACUCUGAAUGGAGAUGUACGUUGUAUAGGUCAAUCUUAUUUCAAAGGUUUGUGUCAAGUAACAAAGCCGAAUAUCAAAUCUGUAUCCAUCGUUGAGAAUCACAUAUCAGCUUAUAUUACUGGACAUGCUGCUGCUCAGCAAAUUGGUUAUGUCAUUGGUGCAACGUAUGACGGAGAAGCUGGUGUAACUUGUACUAAUGAAAAUUACGUCAUGACUCGCUAUAUGGAAAUACCAACUGCAAACCAAUUAGAUGCUCAAAGAAGUUACGGAUUUUCGUCCUGUUCCAUUAACGCAAUGAAAAGAUUCUUGUUCGGAAGUCCUAUAUUGUGUACUCGAGAAAACAGAUACAGCGGUGACAGCGUUUUUGGGGUACAAAUACCUGGUCAAUUGCUUGAUGCCGAUGCACAGUGCCGUUUGGAAUUUGGCGAAUUGUCUUAUUUCUGUAGGGGAUCCUACAUGAAUGAAAUGAACUUCGAUAAGAUGUGUUAUCAAGGGUAUUGUUAUAAUCCCGUCAUAUACGCCUGCACUGCCAUUGUCUUCACUGAAUUCACUACAUGUGGUAACAGAAAGUGGUGUUUUAAAGGCAAGUGUAUUAGCAACCCAUCAGCACCAACAACCCCAGCUGUCGAUUGUCCACAAGGAAACAAACACGGUGAAACUUGUAGUCCUCAAAGUUGUGGAACAUAUCCACUAAAUCGUGUGAUGGAUUGCUGUGCAACAUGUAAGGAUACACCACGAAUAAAACCAACGACCAUAUCAACCACAUCAACCACAUUUUCACAUAGUACAUCCGAGGUUUCGUCGCCAAGUAUAUCCGACUUCACGUCGUUGAGUGCGUCACCGUCUAUUUCCCCUGCCGAUAGUCCAACACCAUCACCAACUACAAGUCCUACAACAUCACCUACUACAAGUCCUACAACAUCACCUACUACAAGUCCAACAACAUCACCAACUACAAGCCCGACAACAUCCCCAACUACAAGUGCUACAACAUCACCCACUACAAGUGCUACAACAUCACCUACUACUAGUCAUACUACAUCACCAACUACAAGUCCUACAACAUCACCCACUACCAGUCCUACAACAUCACCUACUACAAGUCCAACAACAUCACCAACUACAAGCCCGACAACAUCCCCAACUACAAGUCCGACAACAUCACCCACUACAAGUGCUACAACAUCACCUACUACUAGUCCUACUACAUCACCAACUACAAGUCCUACAACAUCACCCACUACCAGUCCUACUACAUCACCAACUACAAGUCCUACAACAUCACCCACUACCAGUCCUACAACAUCACCUACUACAAGUCCAACAACAUCACCAACUACAAGCCCGACAACAUCCCCAACUACAAGUCCGACAACACCACCCACUACAAGUGCUACAACAUCACCUACUACUAGUCCUACUACAUCACCAACUACAAGUCCUACAACAUCACCCACUACCAGUCCUACAACAUCACCCACUACAAGUCCUACUACAUCACAAACUACAAGUCCUACUACAUCACAAACUACGAGUCCUACUACAUCACAAACUACAAGUCCUACUACAUCACAAACUACGAGUCCUACUACAUCACCAACUACAAGUCCAACAACAUCGCCCACGACAAACCCAACGACAUACGGUACAACAUCAUCUACCACAAGUCCAACAACAUCACUCACCACAAGUCCUACAACAUCACCCACAACAUCGCCAACAACAUCACCCACUACAAGCCCGACAACAUCACCUACUACAACUCCUACUACAUCACCAACUACAAGUCCUACAACAUCACCCACUACCAGUCCUACAACAUCUCCUGCUACCAGUCCAGCAACAUCACCCACUACAAGUCCUACUACAUCACAAACUACAAGUCCUACUACAUCACAAACAACAUCGCCCACGACAAGCCCAACGACAUCACGUACAACAUCACCUUCCACAAGUCCAGCAACAUCACCUUCUACAUCACCCACAACAUCGCCAACAACAUCACCCACUACAGGUCCGACAACAACAUCACCUAUUACGAGCAUUCGUACAAAAGCCCCUAGAACAACCACGAAACCAAGUGUCACUCCAAGACAUAUCCCUACUAAAGGAGAAUUAAACGCCCGCAAGCACAUCCCGACUAAAGGUGAAUUAGCUGCCAGGGGAAACAUCCCGACAAAAGGACAGCUGGCUGCCAGGGGAAACAUCCCGACAAAAGGACAGCUGGCUGCCGGCAGAAGCAUCCCCAGAAAUAUCCCCACCAAAGGGCAAUUGUCAACGAAAUAUACACAAACGUGGUAAAUAUGUACGAUCAUAUAAAACCCAAUACUUCUAGUAGCAUCUGUUCAGAUGGUCAAUUUCGUCUACGUCUUUUUUUUUCUUUAAAGCAACGCCAAAUUUAGCAGUACCCAAACUAAGACCAAUUGGUAAGAUUUUGAUAUGGCAUCCCUUAUCCCUGCUGUCAAAUUUAAAACCUGUGAGAUUUUAUUCCAAAAUUAAAGCAGUAUAUAAAUGUUUUGAAAUUUCUUACUUUCCAUUCGUAUGCCCCCCCACCCACCCCACACACACAAUUAUGCAGUGAAAACUAUAUUCAAUUUGUUCAAUUCAGCAUUAUAGAUUCGUGUAUAUUCUAUGUAUUACUUUGUGUAUUACUCAAUUAAAAUAAUAUGUGACGUCAUCCUUUGAUGUUGGCGUACCAUUAUUUCAAAGAAUGGUACAGGCAAUGUCCCAAGCGCAUAUUAUCUAUACUAUUUGAUAUAUUGGACUCGCAUGACGAAUUUAAUUGAAAUGCACGUGCUGGAUAGUGUCUGUAUUUUAAGUUGGUUAAGUGUCUCGUGCAAGACAUUGCGUAAUAUAUAGAUAUAGCCCUCGUGUUUGCGCACUCGUGCAAUAUCAAUAUAAUAUUACUUAAUGUCUCGCACUCGACCAUUAAACCACAGUUCGAAUAUCAACAGUAUAAGUAUAUUCAAAGUAUAUAUUUCAUUUCAUUUGAUAACAACUACAUGUAGGUAAUAAUAUCCGUAUAUUAUUAUAUUCUGUUCAUUUUUGUUUUAUUCUUUUGUUUUGUAUAUCAUGUUUCGACUUAUCCGUAUGUUAUUUUACAGAUCAAUCUGAAUUCGACAUAGAGUAGGUUCGACAUAUCCAUAUAUCAUUAUAUUCUGUUCAUUUGUUUUCGACUUAUCCGUAUGUUAUUUUAAUGGUCAAUCUGAAUUCGAAAUAAAGUAGGUCCGACAUAUCCGUAUAUCAUUAUAUUCUGUUUAUUUUUGUUUUUAUAUUUUUGUUUUUAUAUCAUUUUUCGACUUAUCCGUAUGUUAUUUUACUGAUCUAUCUGAAUUCAAAAUAAAGGAUAACUACUAGA